AAGUACCUUAAGCUUAGCCACCUGUUACAUUUCAUUUGUGCCAGUUUUCAACCUUUUUCUUCUUCUUCCUUCAUUUGUACCUUUUAGUUACUUUAAUCUCCAUUGAAGAAAAACAAAGCACCUUUUUUUAUAUUCCCAAUUUCCAAUCUUAGUUCCAAUUUAAAACCUCUCAAAUUCAAAUAAAUCAAGAAUUACAAAUACUAGAGUAAAAAAUCCAUGGCAAAAAUGGUAAGCAAGGCAGUAUGCUUCCCAUCACCUUUGAGUUUUGGUGAUAUUCAUCAUCAUCACCAUUAUAAUCAACAUGGGGUUUGUGCUUUUCCCAUGAAAUUUAAAAAUCCAAAUUCAGUUGGGUUUUCAUUAUCAACAAGUAAUGAUUUUUUUGGUGGUAAUAUUUCUCAAAGAGGACACUUAAGUUUUUCCAAGUUCAAUAAGAGAAAUAACAAAUAUGCAGCUACCAGUGCUCAGACUUGAGUCUAUAGAUUAUGAAAGGUUCAACUUUUUUCAUAGUGCGCUAAAUAUGCAUAAAACAGAUGAGCAUUGGAAUCAGGAACGCUCCAAAAUGGUGGGAGAAAGGGCUUCAACCUAACAUGAAAGAGGUGACUGGCGCCCAAGACCUUGUUGACUCCCUUUUAAGCGCCGGGGAUAAACUAGUGGUUGUUGAUUUCUUUUCCCCUGGCUGUGGAGGAUGCAAAGCCCUUCAUCCAAAGAUAUGUCAGUUAGCAGAGAUGAAUCUGGAUGUGCAGUUUUUGCAUGUGAACUAUGAGGAACUCAAGUCGAUGUGUUACUCACUGCAUGUACAUGUUCUCCCAUUUUUCCGUUUCUAUAGAGGGGCUGAAGGUCGUCUUUGUAGCUUUAGCUGUACCAAUGCCACGAUAAAAAAAUUCAGGGAUGCAUUGACAAAGUAUGGCGCAGAUUGUUGCAGCCUUGGACCAGUUAAAGGGCUUGAGGAGAAAGAGCUACUUGCACUAGCAGCAAACAAGGACCUAUCUUUUGCAUACACACCAAAGACAGAAGAACCAGUACCUGUUGUUGCCUUACAAGAAGAUAUGGUGAUAAAAACAAGCACUUCAUCUCAUCCAAAUACAUUUCCCCCUUUACCACUUCCCCUCCCUCUUCCCCUCGCAUCAACUUCACAUAAGGCCAAAAGCAACUCGAUGAGUGAAGUUUGCUAAGAAAAUAGACCUUGGCCUAACUCAACCUCAAAAACUAGCUCAUAAGGGGAAAAUUGUUCAAGACCAUAGCAGGAGACAACUCCACUCCCUCCACCAAUGGUGGUCCGACAUUGGGUGAAACCAAGAAUAUGGAUGGACCUAGCUCUAAUAUCGUGUUAAGAAAAUGGACAUCGUACUUAAUUGAACCCUAAAAUCUAGCUCAUGAGGUGAGAUUUCAAGGCUAUAAAAACAUGAGUGUCCAUUCAACUAAUACAGGACAUUCUAACAAAGUUCUUGCCACUUAGAGGAUGGUUUUGAGAAUCACCAGUAAACUGUGUCAUAGAGGUGAUAUGCGUAGAGCUAGGUUGUGUUUUCUUAUGUACAUAAUGCAGCAGAAAAGGAUUGAAGAUGCUAUGUACUACAGUAUAUUGUAUCUGGUUGUUCUACAUAUUUUCUAUAUCUGGCUUUUCAAUUGGCUGGAGCAACAGACUGGAGUUCUGGCUUUGUCCCUUUUUUUGAAGGAUAGGCCAAAUGAGUGCAAUCCCUAGUGAUAUGUUUUAGUUUUUACUUCUUGUUUCUGAACUCUCUUGAAUCUUCAUGAUCAAAGGAUAAAGUUUGUAAUUUACACUUGAAA